CCGUUGCCUUUCCCACUAUCAUUCCGUCUGCCCUGCCGCGCCCGCGCCCCACGGCCAUACCUACCUCGUCGCUCCUGAGUGGGAUCGCGCUGCGUGGCUUUCUUCGGUGCCAUACCUUCGGUGUCCUCUUCUUCUUCUUUUUGAAGGAGGAGGAGGAGGCAGAUCUUCUUCAAUCGGCAGGAUCUGGUCUGCUUGUCAUCGUGGCCGUCGUCGAUGUCUCUCAACUUUGCUUUGGGCGCACUUGGUAUCCAUGGCCGACGGAGUCACCUGCCGACACGGACAUGUGCGGAGGUCAGCAGCGCAUGCGAUUCCAUCAUGUUGCUCAGGGCCUGCCAUCGCGGAGUACUCCCUUACGGCGCUCCCCAUGACGUGGUUCAUCGGCGAGUUCAGGAUCUUAGGCGUGGCGUGGCGUUCUGCUUCAGUUUGGGCUGGAGUUUUUACCCAGUGCCCCACAUCGUCGUUCGCUUCAUGAAGUGGUUCGGCGGGCUGCGGAACGCGGCAUCUUCUCUGGCACGGUACUUGAGGAGGUGAACGGCAUCGUUCGACGUGCGAAUGCGGCUCGGCACCAGCGGUGGAGGCCUACGUCAUUAGAUGGAGUGGCUCCGCGGUCUUCUCCUGGGGGCUCUGCAAUGGAAUUCGUGCCGUGUCUUCCACUGGUGUAUUCGGACGAGGUGCUCGCCAAGUGUUCCCGGAUAGCUCUCUGAGAGCUAAGAGGGUUUCAGAUUAGAAGCUGGUACCGCAGGGUAGCCCCGGACCUCGUUCGGGUUUCCGGCAGGGAUCCCCUCUGCGGCUCUUGCGAGCUUCUCACGGGUCCCGGAAGGCCUGUUCUCAGCGUUUCCCAACACGUGUGCCCGGAAGCUCUCCAGCAUCUCUUCCGGAAGCUCAUUCCAGGAGCUUCCAGAGCUCUCUCCAGAUGCUGUCGGAAGGCCUUUGGGCGCUUCGCUAUCCAGGCUUUGGACUUCACAAGUUUCGGCGUGAUGGCGGAUACAGCCCCUGACCCCUGGCCAGGCGUUCGAGACGGGCUUGGUGUGGUGGAGUGAGGCAAGCCUGAGUCUGGUCGUGUGAGUCCCACCCAAAGCGAGAUCAUUGACGACAUGAAUUUCUUGUGCGAUGACUGCCCUGGCGGCGAUGACGACCCUUGCGCAGGGGAGCACGGUGCGUUGCACGACUGUGCGCUUCGGGAACAUGGCGAUCUUCCCGGUGGACCUGGUGAAGUGCCUCCUGCAUCUGGCGGUGUUCUCCGGGAGCCUGCAGGUGCACCUCCUGAGCCUGGCCCAGUUCUUCGGGAACCCGAGGCUGCACUCGGCGAGCCUGCUGGCACUCUUCUGGUGGCCGGUGUGGGACGCUUGGAUCCUGUUGCUGAUCUGGGUGCGGGUGUUCGUGGCCUUCCUAAGCCUGGUGCUGUUCGGAUCGAGGUGCGUGGGGAUCGAACUGAACAGCACGCUGCACGUCGAGAGUCUGAUGUUGUGUGUAAUGAGCUUGGACGUUUCCCUCCUGACAAUGAUUCGAUUUGUUUUCGUCGUGGGUCGGAUGUUAUUCCUGGUACGCCCGCUGAUUUACAUUGCGCCUUGUGACGGACGUCGGGAGCAGGAUGAUGUUCGUCGGGUGCAGGUCGCGGUACGCCUGGAGCCUGAUGAUCUUCACAGUGAGCCUGUUAAGCUACGUCGUGAGCCUGGUGAUAAUGUACGUCGUGGGCCUGGUGGGGUCGCUCCAGCGACUGGUGCUCCACGCGAUGAGCCUGAUGACGAAAAUGGAGUGGGAGCCGUCGUUCCAUGCUUCUUCGGGCCGUACCAAACGUUCGACUACGAACGUCGUGAGCCUCAUGAUGGACUUGGCGAGGCAGUUGGCGUGCGUCGUGGGCAUGGUCGUCCCCUCCCCUGAGCCUGGUCCCGAACGUGGUGCAGCUCCUUCCGCUCGUUGUGGGGCUGAGGAUGUUCGUAAUGCGCCUGAGGAUGCACGUCUCGAGCCCGCUGGUGUUCGUCGGGGCCCCGAGGAGAGUCGUCGGGAGCCUGGGGAUGCACGUCGAGAGCCUGAUAUGGGGGUUCGCAGUGAGCCCGAGGACGACGCUCGUCGUGGGCCUGGGCGUGCUCCUCCUGAGCCUUGGGAUGUGCGUGCUGCGUCGGUGCUCGUUGCUGCGCGUCGGACUGGGGCUCCUGGCCGACAGAACCUAGGCUUGAGUCGGGCCUGUCCUUCUCCAGGGAGAAUAUUCAGAAAUAGUCGGAAAAUAGUCUGGGGACGAUUUCUGGACAAUUUCUGCCCAUUUGGGGAGUAUUAUGUGAG